AUGACAAGUGAAACAACCGUCAGAGCAGAAAUCGGCAAAGAGAAAGAAGCACAGAGGAGUGAUAUCAGUAAAGCUUUGGAGACCUGGUUUCUUGUUCUUACAUUAAUGGCACUGUCGACGUACGUAGAAAUAUAUGGACCAACCUUGAUAGAUCUGAAGAUCAAACUUGACACCGAUUACGAACAAGUGGCUGUGGCAGUGUCUGGAAGAAGUGUAGGCUGGUUCCCCGGAAGUAUUGUGGCCGGGUUUCUUGUGGAUAAAUUCAGCGGAUACAAUCACCUGUUGAUUGCUAUUGGCCUCGACAUUGCUGCAGCAGUGACGGUGACUAUUCCCUGGUCUCCAAAUGUGACAUGUAUGUGGAUCUUAUGCUUCAUUGGUGGCUUUGUAGAGUCUUUUCUUAACAUUGCCACCACUCGCAUCUUGUUCAACAUAUGGCGAGAAAAGUCAGCUUCAUUUCUAAUGCUAAUUCAUCUUGGUUAUGGUAUUGGCUCUUUCAUGGUGCCGCUGUAUUCAAACCCUUUCCUGGCAGAUAAAGUGUACCAGUCCUCGGAUAUGAACAGAAGCUGUACUACGACAGAAAGCGCCGCAAGUCUCACAAAUCGAAGUACAUCUUCGGAUAAAUCAAGCACGAAGGAGAACUCAAAGGCUGAAUAUGCAUACGCGAUUUCCGCUUCAAUCGUUGUUUCUGUGUCAAUUGCGUUCUACUUCUACCAGAUUCGGGAGUCAAGAAACAAGAAGAUACAAAGUAGUAAUGAUAUAAAAUUAGACACAAACGGCAAAGACAGCACUACUGGAGGAAAUCGUUCAUUUAAAGAGAUGAUUAACCCAGCUACCUGUGCAAAUGGUAGAUUUUGGUACGGAUCUUCAAUUUUGCUUCUUAUCGUCUUUUAUUUUGGAAAUAAUGCCGGGGGAGACAGAAUGAUUGGCAACUUCAUUCGCAGCUACGCCAUUGAUCAUCUUGGAUUCAGCAAAAACUCUGCAUCAGCUUUGAACACAACAUAUUGGUUCACAUUUUCAGCUGGAAGGCUCAUAUUUAUAUUCCUUGCACGUUGUUUAUCCGUCAGAAUUCUGAUAAUUGUAGAGUCCGGAGGUAUGGCUGUCUCCUCUAUUUUGUUAGCGUUAUUUGCUGACGAUAGUUCCCUGUCAUUUUGGAUAAUUAUGCAGAUUUUCUCUUUCUUUAGCGCGGCAAUCUGGCCUACCGGUAUUGCAUGGACCAAUUACCAUAUCGAACUCACCGGUCUGGGUAUGGCGUUACAAAUACUUGGCGCGUCGGUUGGAGGAAUUUGCUACAUGCGAUUAAUCGGAUAUUUAUACAAAAACUUUGGGUCGAAAUCGUUUUUAUUUCAAACUGUCGCUUAUGGCGUUUUUCAGUUUGUUUUAGCUUUGUGUUUAGAUAUUGUGGGGGCACUGCACGGCAAUCGCUUUCAGUCAGAUACCAGUGAUACGGUUGAAAUUGAAAUGUCGUCGAAGACAUGUGAUACGGUAAAAAGUGGAAAAUAAAAAUGCCGCAUGGUUCAAUAUUAUAAAGCCUAAUUUUGAGCCCAGCCUUUAAUCCUAAGCAUCUGAAUUGUUUUAUCGUGAGCACUAUCAUUCUUAAAAUUGGUCAUUGACAAGGUUUAAAAGUUGGUAUAAAAACGGCAAUAAAUGCAGGAUGUCGUUCUUUGCUAUCUUCAUGUUGUGCCAAGAUUGUUCACGUCGUAUGUAAAUAAUUUAUUUAGGAAAUAA